AUGGAAUUGAGGGAACAAGAAGAUAAAUAUGAAUGCUCCAAGAUUGUGUGCCUCCCGUUCAUCAAUGCACCUCCAAAUGAUUACUCUACAGUUUGUACAUCCAUCCUCACUGCAAUUGAAGAAUUGUUCAGUAAGGUCAUUGUGAGGCUAGGAGGUUUCCACCUCCUAAUGUCAGCAAACAGUGUUGAUAAGAUACUGUCUGGAUAUGCUUACGCCAGGGCUGUACGUGCCCUUGCGUACGCUGCUUUGGGUGGUCUGAUAUUUGAAGUUUUGGGAUUGACAGAAGAAGAGUUGUUUGCACUGGAUACAGUUAUCGAUUCUUUUCACCAGUUCAACAUAGAUUUUAGGCAUCCAGCAUUGCAUGAGUACAUCGGCACUCAAGUAUUCUCCUUCGUCAUUCUUUUAGCGGGAUCCGCCGUCCUGUUGGAUAACAGUGCCAGGGAUUCCCAUUUCCAGCCGAGGGUGCGUGAAAGUAUGCGGUUGCUGAUUAUGAAUGCACAAUACGAGCCAGCCAAAAAUACCCUCGCCAUGAUUCAGGAAGGUAUUGCUUGCUGUGGAGCUGAUGGCCCUGAUGACUAUCUCAACCUUCAACAACCCUUACCAACUGAGUGCAGAGAUACUGUUACCGGAAACCCGUUCUUCCAUGGAUGUGUCGAUGAACUUACCUGGUUCUUUGAAGCUAAAUGCGCUUGGAUUGCUGCUCUGGCUAUGUUGACUGCUUUUGUCAGUGCAGUGACAGAAACCCACGAAAAGAAAGAAGAUCUAGAUCUUGGUACAGAAACCCAAGAGAAGCCGCAGGACAUUGGAGAAACAGGAAAUUUUGAAGAUAAUGAUGGGGAGCUUGAGGAGGUAGAAGUUCAUGAGGUUUUCAAUGUGGACGAAGAUGGGUAUCUCGGGAAGGAGGACUAG